ACCCUUUUAUGUGCCCGACCCGAGUCAAUAAAUAGCGCGUCUUACACGCGCUCUCCUUGUUGCCGGCGUCGCAGUUUCUCUCUGAGAGUGAGAGAGAAUGAAGAGCGAUGGAAAGGUGGUGGUGGAGAAGGUGGGAGGGAGAUCGACAGUGACGAGGUGCUUCUCAAAGUAUCCCCUUAAAUUCAUCAUUCCCAAUAAGGUGGGUCCCUCCAAAACCGAUGCUGUUUGGAUUUACAGCCUCACCUAUGGUGGUGGCAUUGUCUCCGGUGAUUCUAUCUCGUGUGAAUUAACCAUUGGAGAUGGUUGCGCCACUGUCCUCACAACCCAAGCUUCAACAAAGGUAUACAAGAGUAUGGGAUCCAAGUGCUCUGAACAAGCGUUGGAGGCAAGAAUCGGGAGUGAUGCUAUUUUGGCCAUUGUUCCAGACCCAGUGACAUGUUUUUCCACGGCAAGAUACUCUCAGAAACAGGUCUUUAGGGUGGUUUCAGACUCAAAUUUGGUUAUUGUUGAUUGGAUUACCAGUGGACGCCAUGAAAGUGGAGAAAGAUGGGAUUUUGAUCUUUAUAAGAGCACCAACCGCAUACUCUUAGAAGGUGAUCUGCCUUUGUUUCUAGAUACGGUGCUUCUAGAGCGAGGAAGCAUUGCCUCAAUUGCAGAACGCAUGCAGGACUACCAAGUCAUUGCAAUGGUUGUUCUCUUUGGGCCAAAGAUGAAGCACAUUCAGAACCAAGUUCAAGAAGAUGUGAAGAAGAUAAUGUCUGAGCAGUUAAUUAUUCCUUCCACUUCCUUGGGCCACCAAAUAAUGAAUAAAUCUAAGCAUUACUUGAUGAAACCAAGCUUUGUUGCUUCUGCCAGUGUCUUUGGUCCAAAGGGAAUAGGUGUCGUUGUCCGUAUAGCUGCCAUGACAACUGAAUCUGUUUAUAAAUUUCUGCAACAACAAUUGGCUAGCAUGGAGCCAUUGCUUGGGGUGUCACCAUAUAGAUAAACAUGCAGGAGAAUGUGUUUUGUAACAGAGGUAGUUGUCAGUGGUGCUUAAGCUUUGCCUCUAUUGUAAGUAAAGCAUAUGGUUCCAUUCUUCUAUGGAUGUCUACCUUUUGCCAAUUUUUUUGGUGGCUACAGUAUGUACUAUGUAUUACCUCAUAGAUCCUGUUUCCCUAUUCCUUCACAAAUUUUAGAUGUUUAAGGCUCCGGUAUGUGGAGAAAACAAUGCAGGCCACCAUCGCAAAGAGGCCGUGCUGGAAAAUGGGUAGACAAGUAGAGCUCCUUCAUCAAUUUGCUAGGAUGAUGGGUUACUACUAGAUUUGGAAUAAAUGGGGGACUUUUAAUUACUAUCUUUACAAA